AUGCUCAUCAGGAACGAUCCGAACGGUUCCACGGUGAAGAAUAAGCUUUAUCGAACUUUCGCCUCCCACCUGAUCUUCGACGCAGACCCUUCCUUCCCGGGGCCUUCAUCUGCCUCGGCACAAGGCCCAGUUUCAUUGCCCCUAGUGUUCGACCUGCAUUUCAUCAAACUAUAUCUCAGCUACUCUUCGGGUGACAACCGAGGUGGCAGAAUCCCAAGCACAGACUAUAUUGGUUUCGACUUGAGGGACCCCAUCAAACACCGGAUAAUGAAGCCAACGAUAAAGCCGUCAAGCCUUGCAGGUCUGCGGAUGAUCGCGUCACUCCUUGCUGUUAUUGCAGCAAUUGGUGUGGGUUAUUUCAGCCAGCAAAAAUACUUCAGAACUGAUGAGAACAUCGAGACAUACCGAUGUCCUCGGAAAAUAUUCGCGCCUAUAAUUCUGUCAACGGAUCCGGUACUCAUACACAUUGACGAGUUUGUCACACCUUUCGAAGCCGAGUAUUUGAUAUCACUCGCCAAUUUUGAGCCGUCGACUAUAGGCUUGACAGAUCAACUCACUAAUACCACCAUCCGCCGCUCGCACUCCGCCCUUCUUCCGGACGUAAUCGACCAAAACGUAUCCAACCCAGUCAUAGAAUGCAUCCUACAACGAGCCUCAGCCUUCCAGGGCUACGUGCCCAUGGUCCAUACCGAGCCCUUGCAGCUCGUGAGAUAUCAAGCCGGAGAGUACUACCAUGAACACUACGACGCAUGGAAGGGCAAUGACCCGGACACACAAGGGAACAGAGACACGAGUUUCUUUGUGAUACUUCGCUCCGAGGGACUGUUCGACAGCGAGGAGCAAGGGCGACAGAUUACGCCUCCGUUGGGAGCCAGGGCGAGUGCAGGCACGAGCUUCCCCCGUCUCAGAAGACGGUUCGCUGACGAGAAAUUAUGUGAGGUGAUUGAGUGUGGCGAGGGCGUGGAAGGAAUCGUAGCAAAGCCUAUUGCGCGAAGCGCGUUGUUCUGGACGAAUCUAUUUGAGAACGGCACAAUUCACCCUGGGUCGCUGCACCAGGGCUUAGAGUUGCCUCAAGGGAAAGGAGAAAAGAUCGGAAUGAACAUAUGGACUUGGAACAGACCGUACAUAGUGUAG